AUGAAUGUAUCAAGCAAUGAUAAAAGAAAUUUCGAACUGAUUUUAAGAACAAUUAAGUUUUGUGAUUGUCGCAUAAGUGUUUUAAAACUUGAACGAUGUUUACAUCAUUAUCGUUUAAAUAAUUCAAGAAUAUUACAUUUAUGUGAAUAUUUUGAUCUUCUAUUAAUUUGUUAUCGUGAUAAUAACAAUAUAGAAUUAUCUUCAAAAAAAAUUAUUGAUUUAGCUGAUCCGAAAUCUAUUGAUCAACAAAUGAUGGAUGAAUUAAAUACAAAUUAUUUACGUGAUGAACGUAAUUGGUUUUUACAAGAAAAUUUUUCUAAACAAAAAAUUAUUGAAAAUUCAGUAUGGCCAGCAAAAAUUGCUCAUCAAUAUCAGACUAAUAUAGCUUCUAUGCGAAAAGCUCAACUUCAAAGACAAUUAUCUGCAAGUAUAUCAUCAUUAAAACAAUCUCGAGCUGGAAGUGCUUGUUCAUCGCGAUCACAUUUAUUAUCCUCAAGUCUUCGUCAAUCUCGUCCUAUAUCAUAUUGUUCAUUUACAUCUGUAACACCAAUGAUUACUCGAAGUAGUACUUGUUGUAGUGCACAAUCAAAUCGAACAGUAAUAUCCGAAAAUGAAACAAAACCAAAUGAAACUAUACUAGAUGAUGCAAAAACAGAUGAAACAAAGUCAAAUGAAAUACAAUUAGAUGAAACAAAAGCAAAUGAAACAAAACUAAAUGAAACUUCGAAUCGUUUACAACAAUUACAAUCUGAAUCAGCAUUUUUAACAAUUAAAUAUGCUUUAUAUCGAGAAGAUUACAUGAAUGAACUUUUGCCAGAUGGUUAUUCUAAACCAAUAAUAAUUUCUAAACCUAUUGAACGUCAACUUAAAAAAUCAAAAUCAUUAGUUCAUUGGUCACGGCGAGCUACUACACAUAAUACUUUAGUAUAG